AUGGCCAGCACUACCUGUCGAGUCCUGCUACAAGUCCGAGCUCGACAGCCGGGUGGAAUGGCACUUGCAUCGCCUCAUCUUUCUUUGAGCACUAGUACCACACGGUCCCUGCACACAUUGUCAAGUACGUCGUUUCCACGAGGUUCUGCUCUUGCGAUUCGUGGUGGUCCAAGAGCAUGUCUGCAACUUCAUCAGCAACAGCACAUACAGAAGAGAACCUAUUUGUUUUGGCCGAGCGAUUGGUCGGAAGUGAGAUACCGCUGGAAUUUGUUUUGGAACAACAAGAAUGGUGAAAGAAGUCCCACGCAGAUUCGAAUUCGCCUGCAAGAUCGGUACCAAUUGGAACGCACCAAGUUGCACGAUCGCUAUCACGUCCAAACGACCAAGAUGAAGCUGCGAUACCAACAGCAAUUGGAUCAACUCAAGCAGCAGUAUUACAAUUCCAGUGUCCAAAAUCGAUAUCAAACCGAAAAAUUUCGAUUGGCAGCCACGUAUCGACGACAAACCAAAAAGUUGCAAAAACGAUAUCGAUUGGAACGAGACAAAUUUCAACGGCGUCUGGAUGAGCGGAAACAAUUCUUACAACAGCAACAACACUUGCAACAACAUGAACACAAAGAUCAUGCCACAACAUCACUAGUAUCCGCCUACUAUCAGAGUCGCCGUCUGCUGUUUCAACAAAAACGACGAGAAUUCGUCAAACGAUGGUCCGCACGACGUAAGGACAUGAUGGCAGAUUCGAGCAACCGAAUUCGUCAUUACUACAAGUUAUUUCCCGUCACGGAAUACUGUGAAACGGACUGGUUUGAUGCCGUCGAUGGACGACCUCUUACGUCAAGAGAUCCUUCGGGACGAUUUGUCAAUCCGUGGAUGAGUUGGUCCACCAAUGGCGUGCAUUCUGUUUCCAAUUUGGUGGCGUGGCGGUAUCAACGGGCCGUGCGACAAUGGCACGAACGAGGAAUGGCCAGCUUUUUCCCCAAGGAUUUGAUGCAACUCUUGUUUGGAGCGGCAGUGGCGACCAAUACCACCAUCACAACAAGUGAUAAGACUGGCACACAACAACAAACAAAGGAUGAUGAAUCUGCACCCGAUGAACCAACUGCUACAGCAACAUCAGCAACAACAACUCACUUGGACAAUGACAAUGAUACCAAUCAUACCAGCCAUGAUCCCCACGAAAUUCACUUGACAUGGAUUGGGCACAGCACGUGUCUUAUUCGCAUGGGGCAUGCCACCAUUCUCACCGAUCCUAUUUUCAGUCAUCGAUGUUCCCCUUUGCCUCGUAUGCCUGGAGUGGGCGUCGCAAGAGAUAUUCCACCCAGUUUGACUAUUGCAGAAUUGCCCGACACUAUUGAUGUCUGUCUUAUUAGUCACGAUCAUUUUGAUCAUCUCGAUCAGCUAUCCAUUCUGCAUCUUCGCGAUCGUGUACACCAUUGGGUAUUGCCCACGGGGUUGCCGCAAUGGCUCGAAACCAGGUGUAGUGUGGAUCCCAAACAAAUGACCGAAUUGGAAUGGUGGCAAUCGGUGCAUUUUUCAUUACAACCACAACAAGAAGAGGAUGAUGAUGAAGGAACCACACCAUUUUCGUGGAAAGUGAUGUCCUCUGCUGACACCAACAACGACAAUGACAACAGCAAUGACAACAAUCAAGAAUCCUCGACAAUGACCAUCACCUGCUGUCCAGCCCAACAUUGGAGCAGUCGCACAUUCUUUGAUCGAUGCAAACGGUUGUGGUGUGGGUUUGCUGUGGAAACCAGAACAACAACGACAAAUAAUCAGAACAAGUCAUCAUCAGAGCAACAACAACAACAACAACAACAACAACAACAACAACAACAAGAAGAACACUCACCGGCUGUCGUUGUUCAAAAGUUCUUUUUUGCAGGUGAUACCGGCAUGCCACGCAAUGGGUUUCCACUCUUUCAACAAAUUGGAGAGUUUUGUGCAAGGGGGUUGUAUCAUCAUCAUGAUCAGCAUCAGCAACAUCAGGAUUCUUCAAGGAUCACGAGCAGGAGCAACAACAAUCAUGAUGAAGUGGAAGCAACCACCUUUCAUCCAUUUGACUUGGCAGCCAUUCCAAUUGGAGCCUACGAUCCUUCGUUUCUGAUGCAAGAUGCGCACAUGAAUCCAGAGGAAGCUCUGCAAUGUGCCAAGCAGCUACAAGCACGCAAAGCUGUAUCCAUCCACUGGGGUACCUUUGCCCUGUCGGAAGAGCCCAUGGAUGAACCACCCAAAAAGCUGCAACAAGCCCUGCAACAAUCAUCAUCAACAGGAGACGACGACGACGAUGACUAUGACUAUUAUGAAUUUGAGUGUUUGCCCAUUGGAGGGUCCAUGAGCGUUCCCUCUGUGGCAACCACCACCGACAAGGGUAUUUCUAUGGGAGAUGAAAACGAGUAUGAUGAGGAUGAACAAAUGAUGCAAUCUUGA